AUGCCCCUCGCCGCCUGGACCUCGUCGUCAUCCGUCGCCGCACCCCGUCCCCAUCUCUCCCUCACGGCCUCGGCGAGCACGCCCGCGCUCGAGGAUUACCGUCGUCGCCCCGGAGCUGCCAUGCCGUCGCCGGACCUCGUCGCCGCCUCACCGUCCUCCUCCUCGUCUCCUCCUCGACCCCCGCUGCCUAGCCCCUACCGCUCCAGUGAGCUUCCCCCUCUCCUCUCUCCCAUGCGCGCCCGGCCUCUCCCCCUCGUGCUCAGCUCCGUCGCCCACCGUUGCUCGCGGACGGCCGCAACCGGCCAACCACGCGGCGCCCCGCUCGCGCGUCCCGCUCCGGCCGGCGCCCCAUGGCCCCGUGCCUCGGCGCGCCUCGUCUCCGCCCUCUCCUCCCUCCCGUGGCGCCGCCCUCCGCCGCCUCCCUUGGCUGGCGUCGUGGGCGCCGGCGGCCUCGCCACGCCCGUGGCUGGCGCCCCCCUGCCUAUCGAUUUGGGCGCUCGCCCAGUCGGGCGCCGACGCCCGACGCCCGGCUCCGCCCAGCGCCCGAGCGCCCGCUUACCCGUGCGCCCGUUAGGCCCCCUGGGCAUAUGA